CAAUAAAAGAGGCGACUUCCGGAAGCUGUAGGUUUGGUCACUCAGGUCUAUGCGAGCCGAAUUUUCGACUUUUAACCUUUCGAUUUGUUGGGAGAACCACCGGCUGUCUGUCACUUUUAUGUCAGAUUAAGCCAGGACUGGGCAAGGUUUUUGGGUCACGGGCCAUCAUUGCACAGGACAAUUAUCGUUGGAACGAUUUUCUUCAUUCGAAUGAAAUGGCUGUAUUUCUAUGUUCAGGAGAUUCAUGCACCACGGAAUGCUUGGACACAAAAGAAGUUUGCUAUGGAUCGGAUAUGGACUCAUGUUUUUGUCCAGCUGGAUUUAAAGGUGACAACUGCGAUGAACCCAACACCGAUUACAUUGACGAAAUGUGUCCGUUACCAGACCCGAUACCGAAAUCUUGCGAUGCAGCCAUUAACCAAUGUGGAACUUGUGCUUCGGGCACGAAAUGCUGCUCAGAUGGAUGCAUUUUAUCCUGCCAACCUACUCUUCCAAAUUUACCAACCUGCACAUCAACCACGGAUUGUCCAGGAAAUGAAAUUUGCCACAUAUUGGAACCAUCGCAGAAUAUUUUGUAUGUGUCCAUUUGGAUUUACAGGGGAUGAUUGUAUGGAAAAACCUGCAGGAUACGACGACAGAUGUCCUCUUCCGGACGAUCCAGUCGAUCUUUGCGACAUAUCCGGAACAUUCGAUGAAUGUUUCGCUGGUAUUCCUUCUAGCAUGUGUCCGGAUGGAAAAAUUUGUUGCUUAAGAUCAGAUGGAUGUUUAUUCGAAUGCAUUUCAAUAGAUAAGAAACCACCACCAAAGAUUUCAAAACUUGCUCUAAUUGCAAUCCUAAUGGGUUUAAAGAAUCGUCCCAAACAAACUGUACGAAGGCCACCAAUUGUACAAGUAGCACCGUAUGCACCAUAUGUACAAGCAGCACCACAUGUACCAUAUAUACAAGCAGCACCACAUGUACCAUUUGUUCAAGUAGCUCCUGCACCCGUGCCAGUGGUACAAGUAGCACCAGCACCCGUGUCAAUUACUCCAUCAUUUACAGGUGCAGCAUGUGGUUACGGAGAGGCUCUUAUUCAUGGAUGUCCAGAUGUGUGUCAAAGUGCUCGCUGCAUGAUUCAUGACGCUGUAAUUUGUAGAGUUCACCCUUGCAAUGGGUGCACUGCAAGGUGGUACAACCGCCAGGGACAUGAUGUCACAGCAUCCUGUAGUCAUGUCGUGGGAUAAGGAUGGAUGGAAAAAUAAAUCCUAUCGGUGAAAACAUCUACAGACUUAUUGAAAUUACGAUCUCAAAUUAAUUGAAGAAGCAACUAAAUGUAAACUUUGACACUCGAUAAGCACUGAAAGUUUGAAAAGAUUUGAUUUUGACAACAUUUUGAUUUAAAAAACUUUGACAUUGUAAAAAACAACAACAAGCUAUUAUUUCAGUCAAAAUGUUCAGUCUCUACAACAGCCCUGGUUGUUUAUUAAAAUUGUAAUGUGAUUGAUAAAAGAUUUAGUGAGACAUAUAUUGUAUAUUCUAAUAAAUUCAUUGUUUGGUGAAGUA